CUCCUUUUCAAAUUUUACCGCCAUAUUUUAUGCUGGGCAGAAAGGAAGAAUGUAGUUUGUAGAGCAAGCUUCAACGAAAUCAAAAACACCGUGUCAGAAAUGAAUCAUCAGCCAGCAUCAAAAUUUGUUGUUCUACCAAAGAACUCAGUUGGACUAUAUGCCGAAAGUGUUGGGCAUGCAAAUCUGCCGGAAAAUAUCCUUGCUAGCCUUUCAGAAGAUGUGACAUUCAGACUCAGGGAAACGAUAAAUAAUGCAUUAAAAUUCAUGAGGCAUAGCAAGCGAAGAUACUUAGCAACAGAUGAUUUUAAUAAAGCUCUCAAAUGGAGUAACAGCCCGACUGUCUAUGGACAAGGUGGUGUGGAUGUACCAAGCUUUAGGUCAUUCAACUUCAAAGAUUCAACAAUCUCUUUCACUGAAGAUAAGGACACAAAUCUUAGAGAAACUGCUUUUGAUUCAACUCUUCCUGCUGAUCCUGGUGAAGUUUCUAUUAAAGCACAAUGGUUGGUUUUUGAAGGUCAUAAUUGUUCUGGAGGAAAACAAAGCAAAGAGGAAAUCCCAAAUAGAGAAGAACUUGAAGAGCCAUUUGCAUCUUAUUUGGAGCAGAUAAUUUUGUCUGUGUUUGGCACAAACCUGAAUGCACGAAAGGUUGCGCUUGAUAAUAUUCGUACAAGUGGCAAAUUGCAGAGCAUACUGCCAUACAUGGUAACGUUUCUCGCAAGCCAGGUAAAGUCGUGUAGUGGAAGUGAAGGCUUGAAGACGAUCGUAACAGGAGUUCUGUUGAUUGUUCAUUCUUUGGUUGAGAACGCUCUUCUCUUUUUGGUGCCUUAUGUUCUUCAGCUCGUCAAACUGUUGCUGUUUAUUAUAACCGAUGAAAAUCUGCCAGUUGAAUUUUGGGACAGCAAGCUGACUGCUGCACGAAUCUUGACUCAACUUUGCAGGCGUCACAUGUCAACAAUGAACUACUUACCGCACCACCUUCUAAAGGCCUACCAAGAAACUGUCGCUGACGAGACAAAGCCGCUAGCUUCUAUUUACGGAGCUGCGUUUGGAAUCUCUUGCCUUGGUGCCGAGCCAGCUCAUCAGAUAGUGUACCCUAUAUUACUGAAAAGGAUUGAAAGCAUCAAAGAAUCUAUCAGCUACUCAAAGGACUUGAAUCUGGUAAAAGAGUCACUCGUUACUUACGCACUCUUUCAGAGGAUAUCUUUAUUUUUACUUCGAACUGCUAUUCUGUCUCCUGCAAAUUCUACUGUCAACAAAACCGGUCGAUCUUCUGGCAGUAAUACGGUAGUAUCAACAGGACUUUUAUCAUCGCACAAAUACUUAAGCAUUUAUAAUGAAGUCUUUGAUUACUUUACGGAAGGCUUGAUAGCUCACACCCAGUGUCUAAAUGCGCCAGGCACCAAUCCUAGAAGCAUUUUUAACCCUUUCAAAGCAGCAAAUACCAAACAAACUAAUCUCAAACAAGGCAACAGUCCUGGAUUACUGAAUCAAGACAGACUGAAAUCAGAACUAGCUGCCAAUAUAGGUGGCCUGAAAACUGGACGCGUUGCAAAACCUGCCUUCAUAAAAGAAGUAUCGACAAGUUCCCAUAUAAAGAUGUCUUUACAGACAAGCAUUGGCGUGGUUGGUAGUGACUUCAGGUGGCGAAAGCGUAAAUUUUCCAAAGAUGUGAACGUAUUUGGUGCAGAAGAUAACAAUGACAAGUCUGAUGGACCAACGCAAAUUAAAAGGCCAAAACCAUCAAUUUCUAAGACUAAAACUUCAAGUGAAGUGAGGCGAAAGAAUGGUGGAGAGGCUGAAAUCGAACUAAGUCGGCUAAGCAAGAAGACCCGGCUGCGUUUGAUUGACUUGGCAAAGAUACCAGCGACUGUAGCAAUAUUGAUCUAGUGCUUUUUAAUCGAGCAAAAGCAAUAUGGUUCUUUCUUUGUAUAAAGCAAUAAUUAUGUUAAAUUUAGUUUAAACAGAAAGUUGUCUCUGUACCUUAGAUAUUUGGCUCCGGUAUUGAACCUUAAAUAUACGGCUCCGGUAUUGUUUUGGAUGCGGUAUUGCUUCUCGAAUAUUCAUGCUAAAUGUACCCGAUAGGAGGGAAAUCGGAAACGGUGGAAUCGGUGGUUGGGCAUUUAUCCUGAAGGCUGGGCAUUAGUCCCUCUCCUGAUCUUGCAAACAUUAACCACAUUUCUGCCUCUUUGCUAAGCCUCAAGUUUUCCUGCAAGCCUCUUGUCUGGAGCCCUUGUUAAUUAUUGCUUAUUGUUAUUGCUUAUUGAUGAUUAUUGAUUAGUGUUAGUGUACUCAUGAAUCCGGUCCUGAGGGCGGCAAGGGAGAGUGCUUCUUUAACACCGACUCUAAGUUGGUUCCAAAGCUUUGGUCCGCGAAAAGAAUAAACUCCUUUGUCCAUUAUUAGUUUUCUACAAUGGUAGCGAAAUGACAGUUAAAAUGGCAUGUAGCUUAAAUAUUGAUUAUGGCAUAAGUUUUGCGGUUUAAAGAAAAUUGCGACCAAAAAUUCAAACUUUUAUCUUCCUUACCACCGUUGUUUUGUCUUGCCAAUUUUGCCCGUCGAUUAAACAAAUUCCAACACGAGGAAAGUUUUAUCAAAGAAGUUAACAAUUUUCCCAUACAUUCCGAGUCUGUAUUAGUUUAUACCAUUUGUGCAGCUGCCAUUUGCCUUUAUUCGAUCUAGUGUUAUCAACAAUUUUGUGCUUGAAAAGCUAGAAUUAGAUGGAAAGUGUGCUAUCAGUCCACGUGGCCAAACCAAGUAUAGCAGAAUUUUCAAAACCAGCAGAUGAUCGCAGUCAAAAACUCAAUUUCCUUUUUGAUGUUUAAGUUUCCAAAGAGCAUUAUUUUUCACCUCAGAUAGUACAGUAUCUUUUUCGCCAUGAUUUAUUUUAUGCAACAGAUUUUUUUAUGUUUUUUAUGUGAAGCUUUCUUAUGUUUUAAGGCUUGAUUGACAAUUUUCACUGUUUUUAUUUUCAGCUCUGAAGCGUUUAGUAUUUUUCCAGUGUUUGGUUUCCUCCUCCUCACAGUUAUUUGCAGCACUCGUAACACCUUUUCCACAUAUUCCUUUGCAAGUAAUCUUCCUAUGUCGACAGCAUAGAGCAAAUAGCAUUUGGAGUUUUCAGAUUUAUCUAGGAGGAAGAAUCAAGGAUAGAAUUUAGAGAAUUUAAAGUUUUAAGAGUUUGGAUAAUGAUUUGCAGUGUGAAAUGAGCAUCUCUUUAGUGCCCACAAUAAAUAUAUUCCAGAAUCGAGCCAGAGAGAAACUGUGGACCUCCUUUGAACCAAAGCAUUUGAAUUACGACCAGUACGAUUUAACAAUGUAUUGCAGUUACGAGAAUUUUCACAGUCUAGGCCUAUUUUUCGAGUUCAAUUCCAGACCUAUUGAAAAUGCAAACUAAAUGGCAAUACAGAAAAGACCAAUUAACUAACAGGCAAAAUUGCACGAGCAAGAUUUGCAAGUAUGCAUGUGAGUGUAGGGACGAUAUCAUUAUGGUGCCAAUGGUAUGUUUAUUAAUAUACACCUGUUAUUUUUCCGCAUAUCUUUAGAACGUGAGCCUCAGGAAUUCAGAAGUGUUCUUUUUUCUCAACAAUACUUGUAUUAAGAAAUGGCAUUUUAGUUGGAUUCGAUGAAUUAAACACAAGACAAAUUUUCACAAAGCAGAAAAAAUCGUUCUCUCUCCAUUUGAAACAUCAAAUUGGUAUGAAUGUCGUUUCCCUUUUGCUUCGCAUUAUUUUUUUCCUAAGAGCAUUUAUCAGUUACCUAAAGUACCUAACGCACGCUUCAUGAAAUACUUCAUCUCAAUGUAAUGUUGAGAAUUUUGAAAUGUUUUAAAACACAGGGUCUACCUAAUGCGUCACCAGGCUUUUUCUCGCUGUUUUCCCAUCAACUUUGUUAUCAACAUAACCUACAGCAAAUCCUGUCUGCAAAUCUAUCCUGUUUCGUAGGCUUCUGUAGCUAGACUGAACCAGAUGCUUAUUUAAAAUGUGCUUCAUAUCGUGUUGAUGAUAUCAAGAAGCAUGAAGUUUCAUGAUAUUUUCUACUUGCUGGUUUUUGUGAAAAAAUGUGCCUAUCAUUGUUUCUCCUCUCGAGAAACAUACCACCUUCCAGUCUGUGUACUGGCAAGUGGGACGAAAGUUGAUCGCCUUUAUAUGAACAUUUCAUACCAUAUUCCAGCUUCAUCCCACCUUCCAGCGUUUAUAUGGAAAAAAUUCGACCCACCUCAGUGAGAUCCCACCUCUCGUGCAGUAUUUUCCAAAUAAAUGCAAGACGAAAUCUAUAGAACAACAUGAUCUCACCUCUCAGCUCACAGGCUAGGAGGUGGGAUGAUUUUAAACAUGCCCUGAUAAGGAUGUAUAAACGCAAAUGCUAAAGAUUUAUGCAUUAGAGGAUUUAAGAUAAACCCAGUUGUGGAUCGAAAUAGGCCAGUUGGAAAGCGAGCACAUGACUGUAAAGAUUAGAGGGCCUAAUUGAAAGGUAAAUGCAAUAUAAUAGAAGCCGUAUACAUUUACGAACUUUUCUCAUCAAACUGCCAUAUGCUUUGAGGGAACCGAAUAUGAUAAGACACACUAUUAACACCUGAAUUUUGUAGUCAGUGAUGUUAUUUCGUCUCUGGAAGUAUUUUUGCAGUUUGAAUGGCUAAUUCUUAGGGUUGUCUAUCGAUUUAAUAUGUUUAGUUUCAAUUGAUUUGUUAGCAGAUGUCCUUCAUCUGUAGAAAGAAAGAAUUCAACUUGAUAUUAAUAUAAUGCCAUUAAUGUUAAAUGGUGAAUUUUUAAAAUCUAGAAACGAUCAUUGUUUUGUUUAGGCAUCAUCAUCAUCUUGCAAGGUAACAUGCAACAGAUUUGUAGUUGAAACAUUUACAAAGAUUUAAUGGUUUUUAAGUACCUUUGAAAACUUUGAAAAUCUAUAGAAAAUCCUUAGAAAUCUCCAGGAAUUCAACAGGAAAUCCCGAAAUCUCUUCCAUAGCAGUAAAGACAUUUGAUGAUAAUUUCGAUUUGAAUCUGGCAAUAUAAGAGACUCACUAAGGUGAGAACUGAAAAGCCUUGCACGACCUACCCUUUACUCAAAUGCAAAUAUAGCCACUGAUAAAACAGUUAUGAUCCCGAGUACUACCACAAAGUUAUCUUGUAGGUCUUUUUCUAGUUUUGAGUUAAUUUUUCUCGUAGUUUAAUUUGACUUAAAAAUCAUGGUUUUGAGACUUUCUCUUCUUCUGGUAUUUGUCGAAAUAUCAUAGGAUCAUUCUAAAAUGACAUGAUAUGUAUUUACGUGAAUGAAGUCUGCAAAAUUUCAGUUUUAAACUCCGUCGUACGACAAGUGACAUUUUUUUAUCGUCUCCCCACCUCCCUCCCUUCAUUCAAUGUAUUUUACCACGGUGGAAAGACAAGCGUGAACAUGUCAAACUGUUGUCAAUCGAUUCUGGGAAAGUAGCUUCUUGCCUGUUUGCUGUCGAAUUAUGGCACAUGUUUGUUCUGUUAACAAGUAAGCCGAAGAUUUUUUUCUUGACGGUAAAAACUCUCUUUUGAUAUUGAUUGCGGUAUUUCCCCUAUUGCCCCAUUAAUCAUUCACCCAUUUGCAGAUAAUUAGUGGUUGAAGGACCAAAGGCUACACCUGCCUAAGGUUUUUUAUUAUCCAAAACCAUGCAGAUUCCCAUGCGAUUUUGACAUUUUUUGACGUUAUUCACGUUUUCAUAUUUCUUCCUAUUUUUAAAGCCUCUUCUUUUUA